AUGAGCUUAGAGUCCUUGUUUCAGCACAUCAUCUUCACCGAGCACCAGGCGGAGGAGAGUCGCCGUCUGAUACGAGAAGUAAGAUUGGAAAUAACUAGAUGUCGUGAAAAAAUUAAGAAAGAAACAGAAACGCUGAAUGAAGAGAAAAUGAAGUUGGAAUCUAAGGCUCAACAGUUUUCUGAAAAAUCCUUCCUCUUACAGCUUUUGAAAACUCAUGAAAAUGCUUUAGAAAGGCAAUGCAGUGAAAUUACAAACCAAAGGAAUAUGCUUCUCCAAACCUUUGAGGCUACAAAGAAAAAAGUGAUAGAAGAGGAGGAAAAAUUUAUGAAGGAUAUUUCAGACUUCAAUAAUGAGUAUGAAAUAACAAAGAAAAGAGAACUUUUGAUGAAAGAAAAUGUCAAGAUUGAAAUCUCUAACUUAGAAAAACAGGCAAACGUUUUGAAAAUGGAAAUGAAGACAAUGGAACAUGAUAGUGGUCAGUUAAACAAACUCCAAAAACAAAAGAGUGAAUUGGCACAAGAGUUACUUAUUCUCCAGGGAAAACUUAAAGCUUUUGAAAAUGAAGAGAAGGAAUCCAUUUAUACUACCAAAUACCUAGAGGCAGAAAAAAUAAAAAUCAGUGAAAAGCCUCAAAAUGAUGCAGAUUGUUUAAGACUUAAAAAAGAAUUAGAACUGUAUAAGGAAGAUGACUUGGAAAGUGUUUAUGAAGCUCUCCAAUCAGAAAUAGAAUUUUUGGAGCUGACAUUGGCACAGAAAAAUCUUCAUAAAAACAACUUCUAGAGAAUUGAUCAGCCAUCUGAGACCUGAUCAAGGCAUCUUAGUAUCCCGUCUCUGUGAAAGAUACAUGAAUGGUACCUAUUACAACAGAUUCUUGUGGAGAACUUGAGGCUCAGAAUAUUCAAAGUUCCUAGAAUUAAUUUACUAGCACUUUAAUAGUAUUUUUUGUCUUUGUUGCUCACUAGAACUUGAAUUCUUGUAUGGUUUGAUUUUGUUUCUAAAGCUAAAGGACAAAGUAGUAGGUACUGUGUUCCCAGGUUUCUUAUGUUCUGCUGACUAUACUUUUCAUUCUUUGUUGUAGCUUUACAUAGGUCCAGUCAAACGCAUGUAGGUGGAAAUGCUCAGAUUAUUGACCCAAUUUUUUUGUUGACCCAAUUUUUUGUUGAUGCCAUUUUUGCCAACAGACGCACCUACUAACACAGGUGCUUACUUUCAUUUGAACCCUUCUCUAAUCAUAAGAUGUCUGUUGACAGAGAUCCUCUGAAACCCUUCAUCUGCCAUAGCCAGUUUUUUCUGCUUUCCCCUGUGUGUCUAGAGUUAAAGUCUGGGGCACCUGCAGUUGUUUUUUUAGCAGUUUGUGCCUGCCAAUUUUCUUCCUAAUGCCAGUGUUGGUUGGGAUGAAAUAAGUUAUCCACUGGGGAGGUAUAUAAUUUCCUUACAGCCAUCAGUAUUCAUUUUCUCUGGUGGCCUGAAGCACUGCAACUGAAAACAGUGUAUUAUGGUUAUAUCAAACUUUGUAUUGCUACCAGAUUUCCAACAUUACUUAUCUUUUUGCUGUUAGCACUCCUAACUACAUAGAAAGUCUGUUAUCUAAGAUUUGGUAUAUCAAAACGAUUUAACAAAGCCCUAGAUUAGGGUAGGUCAAGGAGGGGAACAAAAUUUACUUGGGGAUAUAUUUCAAAAUGCCAAGUGCUAAUGUUAGAACCAUGUUGUCUUUUGCGGUUAUAGUUGAAUUAAUGUCAAAUAUGAAAUAUUUACAAAUGCCUUAUAUCUACUGAUGUUAAGGUCUAUCUAAGCAGAAUCCAAGAAAUCUUAUUUCAGAGCAAGUCUUAUUUUGACACAGCUUUUUGUUUAAGUUGUUUAACACUCUUAUCUUUUAAAAAUUAGCAAA